GCACGGUCCUUCACGCGGCGAGCUUCGUUGAGCACGGCCGCAUAGCUGAAGGGAAUGAUCCUCAAUGUCCGUUACGGCCGUGCUCUGAACACCGGCUUCGCUGAUUGAGGCGUUGAAGCGGAGUACCGUGACACAAGGAUGACCGGCCGCUUGAUUGCGUACGGCACCCCGGAAGGUGUCAAAGUCAAGUCGUCCGACCGAAUUCGAGCCAGUCUAAGACAUCGCGAGCCAGAACGGAGGAAGCUGCGAAGCGGUAGCGCUCGCAACGACUCGGCUUGUGUCUCGCGCGCUCAUUUACACGCUUCGUCUCCUUGGAACGCGUCUGACUGCCCCAGCCCGCCAACACGUGCAAAGUGCCUCGCAACGCCUUUUGCCCCCGACGCAUCCCCUCAAGAACGGUGCGCAAGGAUCAAAACACCGGCGGGGGGGCCACAAUGCCUGGAUAGCCCAGCGGUCUGGUCGAGACGAAGGACGCUUCGUAACCAGGACGACGCUGGCAGGCUUGCGCCCCCCCGCCAGGCCCGGCCGGAACUGAGUUGCGCCGAGACGAGACGUGAAACGCGACCUUGACAACUACUUCAAAGCGUUCGCCGAUGAAAUGUUGCCCGAGCCCGAGUGCGAGUGAUCGAACACGAGGCCGGUAUCGUCCGGGUCGUCGUCGCCAAGCGAAAGGUGGAUGUAGGCCCUAUGAGGCGCGAACCACCUUUUUUUUCGUGUGUCAGACACGAAUGAAGGUGUGGCUGGUAUAGAGGCGUGGUAUU